CGCGCGCGGUCAAGUGCAUCAGGCUGUUAUUUCAUGAGUCUAAAGCCUAGAGUCGGUGAAGAUGGCGAUGUGUGCGGCGUUCCGAUGCGUUUCGGCAAACUUUUCGGCAGCAUUACCCCUGCUCACAAGACCUGCACAUAUUUGGACGUGCCAAAAUUCGCUCAGACCAAACGUUUUAAGGACGCUUUACACGAGCUCGCAGCUUUCGGGAGCUCUGAAGUUUACAGACAAACACGAAUGGGUGCGAGUGGAAGGAAGUGUGGGAACGGUUGGCAUCAGCAACUUUGCUCAGGAAGCAUUAGGUGAUGUGGUAUAUUGUGGGCUUCCAGAAGUGGGAACAAAGCUUGAACAAAUGGAGGAGUUUGGUGCUUUAGAAAGUGUCAAAGCUGCAAGUGAGUUGUAUUCUCCACUAACUGGAGAGGUGACCGAAAUCAACACAAAUCUGACAGAUAACCCGGGACUAGUAAAUAAAGCCUGCUAUGAAGACGGAUGGUUAAUUAAGAUGACCAUAGAGAAACCUGCAGAGCUUGAUGAACUCAUGGAUGAAGCUGCUUAUGAAAAAUUCAUCAAAUCACUUGAUUCAUAAAGGUGUUUAUGAAUCAGACCUUGGUUAUUUGUUUUUAUUGAUCAUUCAGGAUCAUUUAAGGAUUCACAAUGGCUAUUUUAGAAUGCUGGUGGUAGAAUUAGCACUAAUACAAUUCUUUGAAAUCUAUUUAUUUUGAUUUUGUAAUUUUCUGUUCCACCAAAAUAAUCUUUUGUAAUAUGCUAGUUUAACAAACUCAUGUCUCAU